GACAGUGGCGUUGAACGUCUCGUGGAUUGAGGCCAAGAGCUUUUGUGAGAUUAUGGGCGGAGCUCUUCUGGCCCCUGUCUCUGAAGCCAUGGCAACGGCAACCGAAGCGGCGCUCCGAAAAACAAAAGGCACGAUACAUCCGGGAAAGUUCUGGUUGGACAUCACAGAUUUGCUGAACCCGAAGGACUUUAUAACGAUGGCGGAUAAAAAGAAGCUGUCGUACAAAGACUGGUCGCUCUCUUCGAAUAUCACGGAUAUUCUGGUCACGCACAACUGCGUUUACGUGUCGGAGGCCAUUGGAUACCAGUGGAUGGUGACUUCUUGUUCAGAUAAGAUGAACUUUGUCUGCUACAAGGCAGGGUAAGCGUCCUACGACCUACUACGGAGAGAUAUGUUGCUGGCACCACUCGCGUCUAUCGCUGGAAUGGACGGUACAAUGACUGGGUAUCAGAAGACGUCUAUGGCUUUAGGGACAUCAGUCCACCGUCACAAGACUGUUAAAUACUUUCAACAUGCUGUCAGUACAUCAACAUAUAUCUAUACUAUUAAUUGUGUAUCUUAGUGUAAAUCUGUACAGAAAAUAAACACAUAAAACUUA